GAAUCGUCGACUUUCGACUCUUCAUCGUUCCUCAACUCACUUGGUCAAUCUCUGCGUCGUCUUCGAGGAAAUUUACUGCCAUAUUUUGAUGCCUGAAAUACCUCCACAAGUGCCGACAUGCGUCAGGCAAAGUGAUGGCUUGUCAACAGCCAACGUCUCUCAAGUCCCAGACGCUAGAAGAACGUCUUCGUCUUCAAGCGCCCAAACGUUAUCUGGAUCAUCGAUGAGCACAAUGCCUCCAAGCUCUAAGAUCGCGAUCCCUCGACAUCGCACAGGCACACCUUUAAGACAUCACAGACGGGUCCCACGAGCGUGUGCAUCAUGCCAUACCCGGAAAACAAAAUGCAGUGGCGAUACCCCCGUGUGUAGGCAAUGUCAAGAUUUAGGCAUGAAUUGCGUGUACCCACCAGCCUUACGCGAGAAGAUGAAAAUGAAGCAGGAGGACCUAUCAAGGAAACUUCAAGAGUGUCAGAGCUUAUUGGGAGAUGUAGAGCCUCUUGUCACGGGACAUACUGCUAAGCGUGUGAAAGAGGUGUUACAACGUUUGGACACUGGGUAUCUCCCAGGUGAACUCUCCAAUAGAAGCACCUUCUGCUCAAGAACGUCCUCGCUGGCUGAAUUGGACAAACCAGCCAGCUCACCAUCCUCUGUCGGGUCAUUAGAUGCCUUGGAUCAAGUAGAGGAUGAUAUCAAUCUUACCGAGGAUUCAAGAGCUACCGGGCAUAUCGGAAAGAGCUCUGAGAUUACCUGGAUGCAGCGACUGCAAAAAGCAGCGGAUGACCGCCGUAAAGACAUUACCGGACACGCCGAGGCCACUCAGGACGGCGCAAUCAAUGACCAGCCCCAUGAUUUGAACUAUCACCUCGAUGAUCUCGAUAUCACUGUAUCUGAACCAGUGCAGAAGUAUUGGGUUCCGCCUCGUCCGUUGGCAGACAAGCUUUUCGAAACUUACCUUCUAGUCGCUCAUCCCUAUUUCCCCAUUAUCAAUCGUUCUCUAUUCAGUGAUCAAUAUAGAACAUUCUUCGAUAGCUUUGCUCUUCCCGGUAACAAAUGGAUGGCAAUUCUGAAUGUGAUAUUUGCUAUUGCUGCGAACUUUGCUCAUGCUGCUGAGUUGGACUGGCAUGGGGAUCCUCAAGAUCAUCUGGUUUACUUGACCAGAGCUCGGAUGUUAAGCAUGGAUGGCGAUGACUUGUUUCAACACCCAGACCUCCAACAAGUUCAAGUGGAGGGCUUAAUUGCUUUCUACCUGCUUUCAACCGAUCAAAUCCACAGGGCAUGGAGAAUCUCAGCCUUGGCUAUACGCUCUGCAGUAUCACUGGGCAUAAAUUUGAAGAAUAAUAGCCAGUCGAUCAGGAGUAUCUCCAAAGAGAUCCGCAAUCGAGUCUGGUGGUCGUUGUAUAUUGUCGAGAACAAACUCGGCAUGAUGACCGGUCGACCUACUUGCAUCUCAAUCAGUAUGUGUAGCUCACCCUUCCCGCUUCCCUGGGGAGAGGCUGAACUCUUGAGUCCAACCGCUACCUUACUUCUGAAUGAUCCGAUUCUUCGAGAUAAGCGUAUCGAUACCGCAAUGGCAAGCUCAUACGUGCCGGGAACACCUAUGGGGAAAUCGCGUUGUACCGAAGACAUCAGAGCCGCUCGCUCGUGGCUUCGAGACCAGCCUGCCAGCUCUGAACUGUGCUUCCUUUACACCUGCGAUCUCACAAUGAUAACGCAAGAGGUCCUCGAUCGCGUAUAUUCGAUUCGAAGUGUAAAUCGACAUUGGUCGUAUCUCCGAGACAGAUUGGUUGGAUUGCAAGAAAAACUUGAUCUUUGGGUCUCUUCGCUGCCCAAGGCAUUAGACUUUACUCGUGUUGAAGAGGGUGAUGCCGCGUAUAACGAGAAAAUGCAACUUGCAUUCCAAUAUCACGGAGCAAGAAUCUUGCUAGGUCGUCCGUGCCUCUGUCGACACAAAGCCUCACAAACAGAUGAAAAGCAAGACUUCAACCGAGCCAUGGCUCUAUCAGCUUUGAACUCCGCCGCUCAAAUAGCCUAUCUAAUUCCAGACGGUCAAAAAUUCAGCUCGCCGCAACGAAACGGACCUUGGUGGUGCCUUCUUCACUCGGUCAUGCAGGCAGUAACGAUCAUGAUCCUCGAGAUCUCAUUCAGGAGUAUUCACAUGCCCGAAGGAGAGAAAAAUCUACAGGAGUUGGCCAAGAAAUGUGUGCGUUGGCUCCACAGAACCUCCGAGAAUAGCAUUGCAUCACGCAGAGCUUGGCAGUUGUGUGAUAUGGCACUUCGUCGGCUAGCAUCCUCCAUAGGCUUCCAAGUCAGCGACUUGUCAUCGCAUCCAUAUUGGCUGGGAAAGAGUCCCACAGAUGACUAUUUCGGAUUCUCGCCUCUUGAACGCCGCAAAGAGUCGAUCAUUCGUGUUAAGCAUGAGGGUGAAAACAUUGAGAGGGAGCGUGCGAUGGCCCCUUCAAGCAGACCAGAUGGGGUCAACAUUCCUCCAGAGUGUAAACCCGAUCCUUCGCAGCCUGCCCCUUCGGUUUCGUCCAGUCAAGUGGAGGAUGUGGCCGGUGAGGGCUCAUUUGCCUACGGUCCUCUUGGGCCGGAAUUUAUUCAGGCAUUCUUCCCUGAGCUUGGGAGCGAUGCCUCAUUCAGUGUCUCGGCAUAA